AUGACUCCGUAUCCGAUACAGGACAUCGACGAUUUGACCAUACCUGGCGGCGGGCCCUACGGCGAGGCCUCGUCUCCUCUUACGUAUCGGCACCACAAGAGCGUUCCAAGACCUGUCAUUAACGCUGUCUCCUCUACUCGUCCGCGGGACCAGAGGUUCAACACCUGUACUACGACGGCACACUGCGACGUUAUCCUUGUCGACACUGGAAAUAAGCUUGUUCCUGCGGGACGUCUGCAGAGCCGACGAAAUCCACGUGGGCCCAGGCCUCAUGCGAGCAACCGUGCCACCACCAACUCCGACUGGACCUCAUCUCGCAUGCUGGACGAUUUUGUCGAUGCCGCGAUACCGCAGCUCAGUCCGUACAAAAAACUGCUAAAGUUGGUCAUUUUACUCGCGUUGCUCCUGAAGCUGAACGCGCUGGUGUCGAGCCUAAUAGCAUACGUGAAGGCAUCGUGUGGACUGGAGUAG